GGGCAUAUUAAGCAGAAUGUAUUAACUCUGUCCCUAAAUUCAGUGAGCAACUUUGAAGACGUGUUGGAGUAGUAUCGGUUGUUCGCAGACCUCCGAGUCCGUUCUAAAUCUUGAAGAACCAAACAACGUGCGCUCUUCGAUGCCUACUCCCUCGACCAAGAUCUGUUCUGACAACACAAAAUUAACGUGCCUGCCAUUGUUGCUCUCGACGUACAAGAAUGUCCGAGAGUGUUAACUUUGACACUCCGUGGUCUUUCGAGAUCUCGCCUGUGAGAGGCAUCUUUGAUCUCGGGUCUGCUCUACUUGACAUCUCAUUGUACGUAUUCUAUGGCACGCAAAUUCAUCGAACAUGCCCUCGCACCGGUCAUUUACUUGCCAUUAGUUAUUCUUAACAGCUUACUUCCACCACACCCCCUUGAGUGCAUCUUAAGUUAUGCGCCAAUCCUUAUACUGCUUUGCAACACUACCAGGCAGCCAUCGACAUUCUUACUCGAGGUUGCCAUGGACAGGAUGAGGGAGAUGAGUUGGAGAGUAUUGUGAGG